UUCGGAACGAUAUAACUAGUUGAAGUGAAGUGUUUUCGUGUUUUCAAAUAGUUGUAUAAAGAUACAAGAAAUUAUAUUCGCAAUUCUAUUAGCGUAUAAAUAGCGUGUAUUUUGCAAAAUAGCGGCAAAUUCUGCUAGCUUUUAGAAGGAGAUGGCAUCGAUGCAGGACAGGCUAAAAAUUAAACGUGUAAACUGCGAUGCAUGGACUACACGGGAACAACUGUGUCUUGCAUCGAGCGUACUGAAAUCUGGAGAUCAAAAUUGGAUGAGUGUUUCUAGAUCAUUGAAGCCACUUAUCGAAAAAGAAUCGUUAAGACCUCCAGAUUGGUUCUCGCAAAAAUCAUGUGCCAUGCAAUAUGCAUAUUUACUCGAGAAUGCCGACACGCCGAAACGAAAGAAACGAGAGAGUGGUGAAACUACCAGUGAAUCCAUAGUUAGAAGAUUGACGCAGGAAAGAAUAACUGAAUUGAGUCAGAUUCUGGCCUGUCAGAAGGAUGAGUAUCUGCGACUCAAAACGGAUAUAAACCUGCUCAAAUCUGGCACAAUAAGCGACGAGAAGCUGGAGAAAAUGUGGCUCGAAAUACAACAGGAAGAACGCGAAUCCGAUCAAAAGGCACGGGCUCACAUGGCAUGGUUGACAAAACGUCAACAGCAACAGAAGCAAGAGAUGAAUUUGCCUGUCGUCCCGUCUUCAAUCAUAAGUCAAACUCGCAAACACGCGGAGGGCACGUUGGAAGUGGCGCAGGCGGAGCUCACGUCCGAAUCGGCAACGGAGAAUGAUGACGAGAGAAAGAAUAAUCGAGGCGGUAGAUCUCCGUUGCUGACAAGCUUGUUGAAAUCUCCCAGUCCAACCACUCAAACUGUACAAACCUACCCGUCUACUCCUGUCCAAGUGAGCUCGCCGACCAUCACCAGUCUACUUGGAUCCAAUUCGAAAAUAUUGAACGCCCAAUUGGCGCAGAAUGUGUCACCGCAAUUGCAACAGUUGGUCUCAACAGCGAUCGCCAGUGCGAAUGCGACACCGCCGCCAUCCGUUGGUGCGCCUACACUUUCUAUGCUAUUGGAAAUGCCAGCCACCACACAAAGAGGACCGUUACCGAAAUUACAAACAACUACUUCUGUCAUGUCUCAUGUGCAACAGCAGCAGGCAGCUACGGUUGUAGUCACCACCACCAACACUGAGAUGCAUAAAUUCGAGCAAACGACCCAAUCGCAAUCCCAGAUUCGCCAGAUGAAUAUCCAGAAUGAGAUGGCGAACGCGGCGACCGUAACGAUACCAACAGUAACAACGAUAUCGGCGGUUGCAACGACGACUUCGGCGCUUACCCCAGUUGUCACUGCGCCGACAAAUGUGCCUGUAUCGGAAAAUAUGGUACAGAUAAUCGAUCACAUAGACGACGUAAUACGCAAGGACAUAAUGGCAGACGUGAUGGAUAAGGAUGAAAUAAACGAGAUCAUUGGUGACAUUGAAGAAUUAAUUAAGGAAGAGAUCACUGGCAGUCCACAAACCCUGGACACAAGCGUCUCGACUACGACGACGACGACCUCGACGGCAGUUAUCAGUAAUCUCUCAAGCAUGUCCCAUCAAACAACGGAAAUUCCAAUAGUGGUUCCAGAACCGAAGCCAGAGCCGAGGGACGUGGAUGAGACUGUAUCGCUCUCCGAUUCACCGCGAAGCGAAAUGGCGAUCGAAGAGAUCGAUUCUAGCACCUCGAACAUCGCCGAAAUCAUUGGAACCGUCGCUAUAGAGCCGCAAGAACCCAAAAUUAUUGUCGCAGAAAUAACAGAAAUUGUAUCUAAUACAUCAGAAGAAAUAAAGUCCGAGCCGAGUACUUGCGAUGAUGAAAGAGUGACUGUAGCUGAGGAACUUGCUUCAGAGUUAGGAACUAACGAUGAAGAAAACAGUAAGGAUACUCCGAUGGAGGAAAAACAACCGGAUAUCGAAAUGAAAUCCAUGGACGCCGCAUCUUCAAACAUCGAAGAUUCUAAGCUGUCGGAUGAAAUGAAGGAAACAAUGGAGGAUACCGUAGUGGAAGCGGAGGUAGAAGAAGAGGACACGGAGAAGGAAGAAACGGAAGUGAUCACACAUGAUGACAAGGAGCUAUCGGAGACUGUCAAAGAGCUGAGGGAAUCUCCAGAAGAUACUGAAGGUAAAGAUAAUGCAGGAUUAGAUCAAUUAGAAAUAUAUUUGGCGAAAAUUACAGGGGAUCAGCAGGACGUACCAUCCACGGAGGUAGUCAGCGUCUCUUCGGAAAUGACGAACGAUUUGCCUAGUACCGAAGACACGGAGAAGUCGCAGGAUAUCAGUCUGAUUCUAGAGGACGACGAAAGCAGUCAGAAUUCGGAAAACAAGAAGAAACCAAUGGCGGAAGAGCAGAUUAUCGAAAACACGGUCGAAAGUACCGAGUCUUUAGAAUCAUUCAAAGAAGAAUCGAUAAUCUUAAUGAAGGAAAAAAUCGUACCGGAAAUAAAAGAGGAAUCCUUGGUGAAAUCACAGGAAGAAGAGGCCAUCGAGGAAACACUUGAGAUAUAUACAGAUGAAUUUAAAAAAGAAGAAGUCAAAGAUUCCUCGGAAGAUACAACAAACUCCAUUUUGCAGGACGUAGAAAUAAAGGAGGAAGUCAGUAGCGAGCCAAUUAACGGAGCUGAGAACAGUUCGCCUGUGGUAACUGUAGGAACUGAGGAAGUGAAGAGUAUUAAGAGUGCACCGAUCGAGAUUAUAACCGAUGUGGACGUGAAUAGUAUUAAAAAAAUUGAAAGCGUGGAAGUUAAGCCCGAAGAACCGAAAACCGAAAAGGAAACAGAUGCUAUCGCUACAGGUGUGUUUUGCGCGAAAAGUCCACUCCCCCCGGAAGAAGAGAAAAAGGAGAUUGUAGAGAUAAAACAGGAGAAAGAGGACACCAAGAAAAACGUAGAGGGCGAACAAAACAUAAAAAAGGAAAUAGAGCCCACAGAAGAACCUGGGGAACUAGACGAAGAAGAAUCUUCGUUGAGUAAAUUGAGUGGCGGACGGGCAAUGAAGACGUACUCCAAGAAGCAAAACAUUGCUGUGGACAGCGAACCGGAGAACGAAGGCACGGGCGAGGGCGCAGAUUAUCGCGCCUGGAAGAAAGCGGUUAUGCUCGUUUACAAUCGUUUGGCCACGCACAAAUACGCGUCAGUAUUCCUCAGACCGAUCACGGAAGAUCAAGCGCCUGGGUAUCAUUCGGUGAUUUUCCGACCGAUGGAUCUGUCAACUGUCAAGAAAAACAUUGACAAUGGCACGAUCAGAUCGACCAUGCAUUUUCAGAGAGAUGUCAUGCUUAUGUUUCAGAACGCCAUUAUGUACAACAAACAUGAUACGUUUAUCUAUAAAAUGGCAGUUUCGAUGCAGGAAGAAUGCUUGCAACAUAUGCAGAUAUUAGUACAAGUAACAGGAGAGGGAACCUUUCGAAGGGAGACCAGAACUGCUACAAGCAGUAGCAGCGAGGCAAGCGAGAGUAGUAUUAAGCGAAAACGGAGUCACAUCACUCCGAGCCCUCAUGAUACCGACACUCCACGUUCGAAAAAACGUAGAAAAUCCGAAAACGAUUAAAUUAUAUUAAUAAGUUACAUAUGAAAUAUAAAGAUUUGCGUUUGUAUCUAAAAUAUUGGAAAUUAAGACAGAUAAUACGGAAGAGAGAAAAGGUAAGAGACGUUUUAGACAUUGAAAAGUCUGUAUUGAUAUCGCUUGUGAUUACAUAAGCGAUAUUCGAAACAUAUAGGAAAAGUUUGUGAUAUAAUUACUUUACACAAUUAUUAUAA